AUCAUCCCGUUUCCACCAAUAAGCCCAAUGAGCUGAGUGCGCACCGCCCACUGUCGGUGUGUAUUUUUUUCUCCUCCUUUCUCGUCUUUUUUUUUUCCACCAAAGCUGGAUGUGUAGAUCGUCACAUGUUGUUUCCCCUCCUCAGUCCGGACUCUAGCAGACAUGUGUUUUUUAUUGCUCAGGCUCUCGAAAUAGAGGAUUAAAAUAAAGCGCGUCAUUUCUUUAGCAACUCGAGGAAAGGGAGCAUUGUGUCUGAUAGCGAAGAACACGAGAAUGGCGAGUCCGCCACACACAGGAGAUCAGCCGUUAUUGCAUAGUAAUACGAACGUGAACAGCAAUAUCAAGAAAUGCGGAUAUCUAAAGAAGCAGAAACACGGACACAAGCGCUUUUUUGUUUUAAAAGAGCCGAGCGAAGGUUCCCCUGCCCGGCUGGAGUACUACGAGAGCGAGAAGAAAUGGAAAAACAAAUCGGCCGCGAAGAGAGUUAUUCCUCUGGACUGCUGUCUCAAUAUCAACAAGAGAGCGGACGCAAAACACAAAUAUCUUAUUGCUCUUUAUACCAAGGACGAGUAUUUUGCCGUGGCGGCAGAAAACGAACAGGAACAGGAGAGCUGGUACCUGGUGCUGACGGAUUUAAUGACAGAGGGGAAAGUAUACGACGGCUCAGCGUCCAACUCCGCGUCCUCGCUGGUUGGCUUCGACGAGGAGAGCUACGGUGUAAUAACGCCGGUUACCGCCAUCUACAAGGAGGUAUGGCAAGUCAAUCUGAAAUCCAAAGGCCUGGGUCAAAGCAGAAAUUUGACCGGAGUUUACAGGCUCUGUCUCUCCAGCCGGACUAUCAGCUUUGUCAAGCUGAACUCAGAGGUUGCCUCAGUCAUUUUACAGCUGAUGAAUAUCCGGAGGUGCGGCCAUUCUGACAGCUUUUUCUUUAUUGAGGUUGGUAGAUCUGCAGCCACGGGUCCGGGGGAGUUUUGGAUGCAGGCUGAUGACUCUGUGGUGGCGCAAAAUAUCCACGAAACUAUCUUGGAGGCGAUGAAAGCCAUGAAGGAGCUGUCGGAAUUCCGUCCGCGCAGCAAAAGCCAGUCAUCUAGUACAAACCCCAUCUCUGUGCCCACACGGAGGCACCUGAACAAUCUCCCCCCCAGCCAGACCGGACUUCCCCGGCGGUCGCGCACUGACAGCAUGGCUAUGACCUCUCCUGUGAGCAAAUUUUCCUCCUGUCGAAUACGCACGGCCAGCGAGGGCGAUGGCACCAUGGCACGCCCCAUGUCAGUGACUGGGAGCCCGCUUAGCCCAGGGGUCCACAGGACCCUCCUGAGCAGAUCUCACACCAUUUCAAUGCGCCCUUGUCGGACAUUUGAAAAUUCUUCUCUCCAGCACAGUAAGUCCAUGUCUAUGCCCCUGUCUCCUUCUCCACCCAUAGCCACCUCAACUCAAAUAAAUCUGUCCUCCUGCCCAGACAGCAAUGCUCCUCGCCCCUCCAGCUGCAGUGCCUCCUUUUCAGGCUCCCCCAGUGAUGCUGGUUUUAUAUCAUGUGAGGAGUAUAGCUCUAGCCCUGCGGACGCACGGGACCUGAGGCUACCGCUAACCCUCCGUAGCAACACUCCAGAGUCUCUCAAAGCUGACACUCCCCCCUCCCAGGACGGCAGUGAGCUUGAAGGCUACAUGGUGAUGGAGCGGCAGAAUGGUUACCGGCGGUUACCGGAGCUGGACAAGGCUUAUCGAAAGCGCACAUACUCCCUCACUACACCCCGCCAACAGAGGGGUCCCCCCCAAGUAUCUUCAGCCUCCCUGGAUGAGUAUACUCUUAUGAGGGCUACUUACACUAGUGGGAGCCAGUCUUCUCGCAGGUGUCACACUGCCUCCCCUAAAGGGAUCUAUCCUGAGGAUUACAGGGAGGUUCAGAUCAGCGUUGGCAUUCUCCAAGGUGACAGUGGCUAUAUGCCUAUGAUGCCAGGUGUGGCACCCCAGGCACGAGGGUCCAAGCAUGACCUCUACAUGCCCAUGAGCCCAAUGUGUGUUUCUGCUCCAAAGCAGAUCAUCAACCCCCGUUCACACUCUUCAGCAGGGCUGGCCCCACGCACAGAGUCCCCUGGGAGUGUUUCUCUGGAGGACAGUGGCUAUAUGCGGAUGUGGUGCGGAACCAAGAUGUCGGUGGAGAGUACUGAUGGAAAGCUCACCAAUGGAGAGUACCUGAACAUGUCUCCUGUCGACCAUCUGGUGUCUCUGACACCCACAGACUACAUCCUCAGUCCUCCAGGGGGAGAUCCCCACCCCCAGCAAAAUCACAGACAGCCUUAUUCUUACAGCUCUCUACCACGCUCACUUAAAGGCCAGCUGCAGCGCAAUGGGUCCACAGACAAAGACCAGUAUGUGGUCAUGAGUUUACAGAGACAGCGGAUAGAAGAGGAGUCCAACUAUUGUCCUGUCUCUCCAGGAGACUAUGUGGCCAGCAGCUCUCCGGGGACACCAAGCACCCCUUCCUCUGCUCCAUCUCCUCUCAGAGUCGCUCAGGUAGAUGGAGGUCUGGUAAACCGCAGUAGGGCGUGUCGGCCCACCCGCCUGGCUCUGGAAUCACUCAGAACACUACCAUGUAUGAGCGAACACCCGCUUCCCUCGGAGCCACGCAGCCCUGGAGAGUACAUCAACAUAGACUUUGGUAGUGCUACUCGUAACCUGCUGGCAUCCACAGUGUCAGAGAGCACUGAGUCCUCUGUGAGUUUAACGUGUGCAGAGAGGGGAUCCCUGCCAUUCUCAGACUAUGCUAAUGUUGACGUCAGCUCCCCGGGUCACCUUGGCUCACACCAACCCGGGAGUUGCCUCCCUGCAGGGUGCCGAAACCCCACGCCUGAAGUCUUGACUUGCCCUAGUCUGAUGAACGCCCAGCAGAACAUGCAGGGAGGCGAGAAGGGAGAAGAGAAAAAAAGCAUAGAGAGACAGACAGAGAAGAGGGGGAUGGUAAAGGAAUAUCCCCUCCAACAGCAGGUGAGCCUGGUGUGUCAGCCUGCUCCAGUCAAGGAUGACUACACUGAGAUGACUUUCAGUCCUCCUGCCCCUCUACCUGCUCUCUGCACCACUGCUGAUGCUCCCCUCCCCACCAGCCCCACCAGCCCCACCAGCUGUGUCCAGAGACUCAGCCUUGAGAGCAGCAUUGUGGAUGGUGUGCCCCCUGUGCCUGUGGACUCUUUUCUCCUGGGGGGUCCAUCGUUAUCUGUCACCCUCAUGGAUCCACACAGGGGGGCCAAAGUGAUCCGGGCUGACCCUCAGGGGCGCAGACGGCACAGCUCUGAGACCUUCUCUUCCACCACCACUGUCACACCAGUGUGCCCAUCCUUUGCCCAUGACACCAAACGGCACAGCUCUGCCUCUGUGGAGAAUGUAUCCCACAUUGUUUGCAGCUCUGAAGGUUCUGACGAGGACUAUGGCAGCAACAGCUCCAUGUGCAGGGAGAUGUCAGCUGGUUAUCAAAAUGGACUUAACUACAUUGCCUUAAACUUGAUGGAGGGAAACCUUGGCGGAUGCAGGCUAGGGGGCUGUGACGGACCCCUGAGGUUCAAGACGACAGCCUGCGGCUGCAAGGGGGGCAUGAAUGGUUUCAACACUAGCCCCUAUGCCACCAUGGGAUUCAAGGAGACUGCUGCUGCUGUGAAAGGAUUUCACUGCAGCCAAGUGACGAGGUCGCCACAGCGACAGCUGGACCAUGCACUGCAGUCGAUGUCCUUUGACCUCUUUGCCGCCUUCGAGGGUCACAGGGGACAGCCAUCACCAUGGCAACACGGACACUUGACCCUUGCCCCAAAUCUUCCCUCUGCUUUUCUCGGCACCAAAACAUUCAGGCGCCAUUGCUGCUGCUAUACUGGAUUACUUAAAAAAAUAACAAGAACUUAAACGGACUAUUAACUCUAACUAUAGAUAGGUAACUAUUUAUCUCUGUGCAUAGGCCUGCAAAAAGUAUUCUGCAGUAUAUUGUUAUAUUACUUAUUAUUAUUGUGAUUAUUGCCAUUUAGACACUUUCAGCUGGUCUUUUUUUGGCUUCAGCCAAUAGUUGCCAGAUACUCUCACCUGAAAUCCUGUGAACCAAACCUGGAGACCAUCGUGUGCACACAACAACCUUUCAUGCAUACAGAUUACAUAUAUUUAUUUAUUUAUCAUGUAUGUAUGCAUUUAAUGAAGUGUGUGUCUGAAUUUGUAUACAGAUUGUACUGCAAAAAGAGGUGGCAUUUAUUAAAAAUCAAAGUUAACAAUUGCUAAAAACAACAACAAAAAAACCUACCUCAGCAAAAACCAGGCUGGUACCAAUUCACACAGUAGAAAUAUAUAUAUAAAAUAUUUAUUUUCCGAGGUGAAUGUUUUUUAAAAAUCACCAUUCCAAAGCCUUACUCUAUCCAUCAGCCCCCUUUCUGAUGGACCUUUUAAGUUUGGACCUAUAAACACACAGUAUAUCAAAGACUUAACCGAUCAUUUUAUAGACUGAAUGUUCAUCAGAGCCGAAUGAGAGACAGCCUCUCUGAGAUUAAGUUCCUUCUCGGCCCACCUUACAUUAAUUACAAGAUUAUGUAUUAAAGAUCCAGAGUAAUAUAUUUAUUAAUACUGUAUGCCUGAGAUGGAGGAUUCAUACACACUUAGCCAGGGCUUUAGAGGAGUACCUGACAUUGCAUUGCAUCACACAUACAUGCAGGUAUCACACAUUCAAUCAUUGCAGCAUGAACCAGAUCCGACUGGACCUGACCACCAGAUCUGUGGCCUGUCUGAGCCUAAGUCUCAGCACCUUCAUACACCUUACCUACUCAGCCACUGUUCAAAUGUGAUAUCCUGCAGGAAGUUAUGACCUGUCAGGUAAAGGGACAGAGACAUGAAUGUUUGAAGUAACAAAGUAACUGGACAGCUCAGAAUUUUCUCACCUGAUGCCUCAUUGCGGAGCUCUGUCACACCACACGGUUGGCUGGCAGGUGCAGGCAGCGCUGGGCAAUGUAGCAAAUGCAUGACACAGUCUGACUGGCUGUUCAACGAGCCUGCUCGAUAGCUUGAAUCCACUUUGAGAGAGUCAGACAGGACGCGCCGGAGCUAAUGCAUGGUCUUGCACUUACAAACUUUCUAGAUUGUAACACAAGACACAUUGAAUGUAGUACAUGUGUUCCGAGCUUGGGAACACACAACCCAACAAACACCACAGCAACUGCAACAACAACAAUGAAACAUGCAUAGGUACCGAAUGGAAACUAUGACAGAAACAAGCCGAAUAAAAGAAACAAACCAGGGGAAGUAUCUCUUUAUUUAUCUGAAUUCACUGGGACUUAACCGUUGCCUAUAUACUGUAAAUAGUACGGUGUUACAGAGAAUUACAUUUAAGCAAACGCUAAGAAACUUUGAGAGAUGUUAAGUUAAAUAACUUAUGUUGUUUGUACUGUACAUAGUAUGUGUUUGAGUGAACUUUCUGAUACAACAAAAGCACUAAUUAAGUUAUAUGCUAACCAGUAUGGUUUGGCUUUGAUUAUUAUUAUUUUUUUUUUAACUGUCAUGCGAUAGUCUUGUGAAAUGGAUGCCACUAUGAGGACAUUUUCUAAUGCUGUAAUUCUAAAACAAAUUUUUUUAAGAGAAAUUAUUAAUACUUGACAUAAUUAAUUCUUGCUACUUAGGUACAACACAAAUGGCAUAUAUGCAAUAUUUACACUUUUGAAAAUUAGUUUACAAAGACGUACCAAAUGUAUACAUACUGUUAAUAAUGUUUGUUAAACCUUAAAAUCAGAUUUUUGCUGUUUGUAAAUUUUUUUCUCCAAAUUUGAGAUGAAAACCUUUAUGUGUUUGUUUUUUGCUAAUCGAGCCUCUUGGUCUUUUGAGCAGUGUUUUGCAUUUGGAUAAUGUUUCAAGUUUUUAUUCAGCAUCUAAAGGUUACGAUAUGGGCUUAUCUUGCUGUGUCUUUCAUUGUAAAUAUUUCAUAUCUUGCAUAUUGUGAUGCUACUAAGAGAUGAUAAUUUAAACUUAGUUCAUUGCUUUAGAUUGUAUUGAUUCUUUAUAGACACAUGCAAUAAAUAAUGAUGUUAUUUAAGAAAG